AAACUAAAAUUUACAACAACACUAAUCUUCAAUAUCUUUAAUAGAACAUCAUCUGGAGAUAAUGAUGUGAAAUUAGUUUAUUUAAGUUCUUAUGUAGCUUCUUCAUGGGCAGCUCAUACUAUUGAAAAAUUGGAUAUUAAAUUAAAAAUAAUAAAGUAG